CUCCGGUAGAAAUCCACUUUUGCCCGUCAUUUUAUUGACAUGGCAAACGGUUAGCCCGGGCAGGCCUAGCUAGCCACUGUGUUAGCUAGACAGUAGAAAUCACUUCACCGGAUUAGACAGCAUGCAAACCCUAACGGUUUGUUUUUAGCGAGAGGGGCCAGUGAGCGUUUAAUACAGUAUGUUAUAGACAGAGCGAGUAGAUGGCGAACAACCAGCUGCUAGUUAAUAACCGGCUGCCAGGUUACUGCCAACUUGACAUAACAGGUUUUAAUAUCUGAAAAAGUGGCAGGCGUGCGCAUUUCACAAUGCAUUUUCUCAAGGCAAACUCGGGUUGUGUCACUGAAGCAAACGCUUGGAUAAUAGAGGCACUGCCUCCGGCUAGCUAGCUCUCCGUGACUUUGCGAAGUGAACAUGCCAGAUCUUGAGUCGAUUUUAUGCUCUAAAUAAGCAGCCAGCGUUUGCACUCGAUUAGCUUCGGCUGGCAAUUGUAGCUAGAUUAUCGCUGUGAGGAGGGGAUGCCCUAAACACUCCAAACAUGUCCAGCAAAUCUUCGGGUAAAGAGAAGAAGUCCGGCUUCAGCAAGAAGCUCUUCCGCCGGGGCUCGGUGCGCUCCGUGGGGAGUUUUAUGAGCAGAGUCCUGAAGACUCUCUCCACGCUCUCUCAUUUCGGCUCGGAGCUGCACGCGCCCGAGGGCGACAAGGACGAUGGGGGGUUCACAGCCUUAAAGAACGAAGGCAAGGGAUCCGUCGCGUCGGACGACAGCGACUGCGGGGGGUUUCUUCCCAGGGACAAAAUCCCCGGAGUGGCCGGUUUGAAGAACCACGGCAAUACGUGUUUCAUGAACGCUAUUCUGCAGUGCCUGAGCAACACGGAGCUGUUCGCGGAGUAUUUGGCGUUGGAGCAGUACCGAGGUGACCAGACGGACGACGAGAAACCCAAGACGAACGGGGUCGUGCAGAGGAAGGGCGGUCAGGACGGAGGAGAGGUGACAGAGCAGCUGUCGGGACUGGUCCGAGCCCUGUGGACCUUUGAGUACACGCCGCAGCACAGCCGAGACUUCAAAAAUGCUGUGGCAAAGAGUGCCAUGCAGUACCGGGGAAAUGCUCAACAUGAUGCCCAGGAGUUCCUUCUCUGGCUGCUCGACCGUGUCCAUGAAGACCUCAAUCAUCGUGUACACCCUAACAUCAGAGCCUCUAUAAAGCCUCCUAUUGAGGAAGACGAUGGAGCGUUAGAGGGACCUUCACCACCUCUUUCAGCUGGCUCAUUUGUCCAAGAGCUGUUUCAAGCUCAGUACAGAUCCUCGCUUACAUGUCCGCACUGUCAGAAACAGAGCAACACUUUUGAUCCUUUUCUUUGCAUCUCCCUCCCAAUUCCAUUACCUCACACACGGGGUAUCUCUUUACCAGCUCGUCAAGGGAGCCUCCUUGCUAAUCUGAAUCAGAACAAUGUGAAAUACGGAGUGGAGAGCGGCCGAACACCGUCUUUCAUGCAGGGAGCAAUGAAUCCAGUAUCUCCUAACAAAAACACUGGAUGUGAGAAAAUGAUUCUGCUGAUCUGUAACAGAGCCUGCACUGGCCAUCAAGGACGGAGGUUCGGUCUUCCGUUUGUACUAUAUCUGGAGCGCACUGUGACAUGGGAUGUGUUACAGAAAGAAAUUCUGGAGAAAAUGCGUCACCUACUAAGGCCAGGGGUUUACGUUCAGGUUGGACCCUUUAGCUUGCGUGUGGUUGGAGUGGUUGGAAUCACAUAUCUGUUGCCACAGGAGGAGCAGCCACUGUGUCACCCCACUGUGGAAAGAGCAUAUAAAUCCUGUGGGCCAGGAGGACCUCCUCAUGUUAAGAUUGUAGUGGAGUGGGACAAAGAGACCAAGGAAUACUUGUUUGGACACACUGAGGAAGAGUACAUCCCUGAUGCUGAGAGUGUGUAUCGUUGGCCCCAGAUGAUGCUUGGCGCUGCCCCCAUUGUUACACCAAAGAGGAGCAGAACCUUAUUUUGGAUUUGUGUAAUUGUCUCAGGCUCGACCAGCUCAUCUUUAUGUGAACACUGGGUUAACCGGCUUCAGGGCAGCAGGCCGCCCAGCCUGGCCUCCGGAGCCUCCUCAAGACGCACAUCCCUGAUCUCUUUGGCAGAGUCAGUGGAGUUUCCCGGUGAUCGCAGUGAAGACGAUGCUUUAGCGCUUACUAACACAGGAUCUCCCGCCUUGCUCAGAGGAUUUUCAACGCGACCCUUCGUGAGGAGCAUCCAGCGGCAGAGCUUGUCCUCUAGAUCGUCGGUUACCAGCCCUCUGGUUUUCAGUGAAAAUGGGAUGAAACCUUCCUGGUCCCUGUCACAGAAACUACAAAUGAGAUCUAACUCGCCCUCGCGAUUCUCUUUGGACUCGCGCUCCUCCCCUCCUCUCGAGAGGAUAGGAGAAGCUUGUGACGACAAAGUGUCCACGUCUUGCUUCGGCGGCUACAGCAGACAUGAGCGUCAGCCCAGCAGUAAGGCCCCGCUGGCCAUGAUGGAGGGUAACGGUAGUGAUGACGGCAAUGGGAAACAGAUCCUAGAUGAGGCCUAUUGCAGAGCUCCAACACAGUCCGACAGGAAGAGCUCUAAAGGUGAGCCCAUUGACAACAACAACCAGAUUAAUGCUGUGGACCAGAAUGCUCUCGGAGCACUCUCCAAAGAGCAGAAGCAUAAGAGCUCUGUGUUGGAGAAGAAGGCAGAAGGAUCUGCCAGCAAGAAGAGCUCCACCAAGACCAAGGGGGACCAAGAGAAGCCCUCGAAGAAGCGCCAGAGCACCUCUUCUGUAACCAAGUCUCCAUCCUCCCAAGUGUCUUCCAGCCCUCAAGCGAAGGGCAGCAAAGCGACCAAUCUAAAAGAGAAGAGCAAUUCUCCCAAGAGUACCAAGGGUACACCUUCAGGAACGCCCUCCAAAAGGAAAGAGUCUUUGCAGGCACAGGAGUCUCCAGUGUCUGGAGGCACAAAGGGGAAACCGUCCCUUACUUCCACACCCCAAUCCUCUGCCUCUCCCUCGCCCACAUCCAAAAAGAGCUCCUCGGUGGCUGAGAGGAACUCUGUGUCUGGCAAGAAGAAGCUGGUGGAAAGAGGCUCCAGCAAGGACUUGGCGCACACCAGUCCCCUGGCAGAGAAGUCUAAAGUCAGUGCCACCCCGCAAACAUCCCAACCUAAAACUACAGAGGCAAGCCGGCCCGAAAGGAGGCCAGUGAGAAGCUCUAGCAGUAGUUCCUCAGUCACCAGCCUGCGCUCCCCAAGCGUCUCCUCGAGAGACCUCCGCCGCUGCAGCAAAUCCGAGGACAAGGGACUCUCGUUUUUCAAGAGCGCGCUUCGGCAGAAAGAGACUCGUCGGUCGGCCGAUCUGGGCAAGACCACGAUUCUCGCCAAGAAGGCUGUCGAGAGGACUGCCAAGUCCAGCAGCCAGUGCAAACUCGAUGCUGACGAGGGCGAAGGCUCAGGAAACUCUUCCCAGCAGGUCUCUCCAGAGCCGCGCUCCUGCAAGGCUGCCACCGAUGAGAAAGAGUCCUCGAAGACCUCCACCCCUAAUAAACGGUCUCUCUUACAAGUAGGCAAGUCCAAGUCUUCCAAUUCUGAGGCUAGUCUUCAGUCUCCCAUUAAUGGGAAGAGACCUCUUGAAAAGAUCUCAUCCUCUAAAAAGCUUUCUUCCAGCAUGCAAUCCUCUGCACGGCCAACACAGACGCCUCAAUGAAAUUUUAAUAGCAUUUUCAUUAUUUUCUGUAACGCAGCUAUUUUUUGAUGUGCCUAAGAAGAAUAUAAAGUAUAUAGUAUAUACCUGUAUUUUACUUUUCUCAAAGAAAAUAUGUAAAUUAUCAGAAAGCGCCUUUCUAUCCUGCCAUGGAACCAAAUCGUUGCCUCUGGCAAGGUAUGGUAUAUGAAUCUACUACUGUUCACGACUCUGAAUAGGAAUGUUUUAACUUAGCACUUUGUACAUAUUUUUUCUCCCUCGAAUAAUGCUUAGAUGUAAUAGAUAUGUACAAUACUUUUUAACUUGGUACUGUUCCUUUUUAUUUGGACAAGUCACUUAUGAUGAAAUUAGAUUAUUGCGAUAUUCCUUGGAGUACUGUACCAAUUCACUCCACAUCUACACUUGGUGCUAUUUACAGUCCAGUGUUCCCCUGGCACUGAUACAGUAUGAGAUUGAGAAGAGUUACAUCACGAAACCUGACCGAAUUUGCGACUGUAUACUUAAUGGGGUUCAGCAGUGAACAAUCUCUUUGGUACCUCUCAAAGCCUGCUCUCCUACCCCGACAUUUUUCUUUUCUACUUGAGAGCAGUUACAAGUGUUCCAGUAGCAUUACUGCCCUUAGAAAUGUGCGCAACAAUGCCAACUACAGGCCGAUAGCUGAAUUGUUGCUGUAUGAAUGUGAUCUUUCAAAUGGUAAAUUAGUGGAGGACAAUCUUUAAACUCACUCUAUUUAGUUUAUUCCAGCAAAACGCCGUGUGAUCUCCUUAUCUGGAUAUUAAUGGAGGCAGUGUAAGCCCUGCAUGAAUUUUUGUAUAUCUUUGUUUUUAUAAUGAAAGUUUGAUAGCCACAUAAUCAUACUUGAACCAUUUCAUGCCCGCCAAAUCCAAUGCCAACAUAUAUGAACUGUUUUCAUUUGGCCCUUUUAGCUGGGGAUGAACCCUUGUGCAUUUUUAUCCCAUAUUUAUCUGUGGACAACCAGUGCAAUAGUGUUCAACACUUUAGGAGAACAGAUAUAUGACCUUGGUAUUUGGGAAAAAUGUUGAACUUAAUGUUGCUGUUUUAGAAACAAAUUAUUUUAAAUAUCAAUACUGUGCAUAUGCAAUAGUGGUAAAAAAAAAAAAACAUUUAAUCAUUGAAAAUUGAAAUUAUUUUCAGGACUGUAAUGGCUCACCACAAUAAUGGAUUUCAUUAAAAAAAAUAUUAUUUUUGUUUUUCCCAAGAGUUUGUGAUUUAAUAUCCAAUUGAAAUUGUUCUGCAGAAAGGCCUGCUUGUCAACGCUAUGGAGUUCACCUAAAUAUAUUUUCAUUCAUUCUCGAUUUAGCUCAGACAAGUUCAUUUGGACCGAUUCAAAAUGUUAUGUAUGACAGGAGAAAUGUAGGGUUAAGCAAGUCAUUAUUGUUACAUUAGCAUAAUAGUGUCAUUACGUCGGCCGCUGUUCAGCUUGCUGCCCUGUAAUUAAAACAUUAAUCCAAGCGCUGCUGACGCCACUUUUGAACCGUUCUCAUUUUCAUGCUGCUUUUCGGUCUGAGAAACCCUUCUCUUACAGCACACUUUAUCUUAAAAUAGAUACUUUAGCAAUGAACCUAAUGUGUAGCGCACUGCUUUUUUUUUUUUUUUUUUUGUGACAGGCCCAUUUUGUGUGUGCACUGAAAAAGUAUUUGUAAAAAAAAAAAAAAAAAAAAGGCAGUAUUGCAUGAUAACAUUAAUGCAUGCACUUAACUAUGCAAGUGACUGUUGCUAAACAAGACGAGUCUGGUUAUUAAUGUCUGAACUUUUUUUUUUUUUUUAAGAAAACAGCAUGAAUUGUUUGCAUUUUAUUGCUUUUUUGCACACUUUUCCAACUUUACAUUUUUUAAAUAUUGUGAUAAAGCAUAAAUUAUUAUCUUUAAUCAUAUGUAUUCCAAAAUUAUCAAUUGGCAUUGUAUUUUCAUAUUAUUUUCCUUUUAUACACAUCUUUUUUAUUAAAACUAUUAUUUUAAUUCAUAAGCUGUUCUUUAGGGUAAGACCUCCCUGUUUCCAUGUGAUAAAUUUAGUUUUUAUAUUUUUAUAGUCAUAGCCUGUUUUGUUUUUUUCACAUUUCGCGGGCGUGAUGUGGUCUGGUCAUGCUUUCACAUGUAGUUUGUAGGGAAUGUUGUAUCUUAUAUCAGCUAUGUAACUUUACCGUCAGCAUUCAAUCAGUGCACACAAUUCCCGCAUCGCUUGCAAUGCUGAUACACUAAACACUACAUUCACUUUGUCUUUCACGUCAUUCCAUGUUUUAGGAUGUGAAGUUCUUGGACCAUGAAUUCAGAGAAGUGCUAUUACCCUCUCUUAGUCUUAUUGCAUAUGGGAUGUUUUCAGUGGCUCAAGUGCUAAAAUGACAUGGUCUUAUCAAGCGUUUGGAUAUGAUCAGUCUUAUGGUAUAAUAUGCGUGCUCAUGGUUUACACACUGGACUUGAAUGAUUUCUCUCGACCCAGAGCAGUUUUCAUGUAUUGAUCACGAACUGGUACCUGCUUUGGUGGGUUUAUAACUGGGCUGUCAUUUUAUUAUAUGACCAUCAGUCAAGGUCAACCAAAAAAGGAAAAUAAUAAUUAGUUAGAAAAGCGAAAACCAUGUAAAUGUUUGGUUGCAUGAGACUGUGUCAAAUGCUUUUUGUUAAUUUAUUCGUAUGUUUUAUGUGUAUGCACUUUU